AUGCGCUUCAAAAGUGAGGAAAAUGAGUGGCUUUUUGUUAUGGAAAGUGAACUUUGGAAUCUUCCACAAGAAGAAACUUCCAUCCUGCCAGCGUUGCGAUUAAGCUACUGUCAUCUACCUACAGAAUUAAGGAGUUGUUUUGCUUAUUGUGCCAUAUUUCCCAAGGAUUUUGAAAUAGAAAAGGAAAAAUUAAUUCAUCUUUGGAUGGCUAAUGACCUUAUAGCUGUAAAGGGAAACAUGGAAGUGGAAGAGGUUGGCAAUGAGAUAUGUAAGGAAUUAUAUUGGCGAUCAUUCUUUGAAGGUGUUCAGAGUAAAAACGAUGGAUUUGACAACAUUUAUGGAUUCAAGAUGCAUGAUCUAGUGCAUGAUCUAGCUCAAUGUAUUAUGGAGGACGAAGCACGUGUUGUAGAAAUUGAUUGCCCUGUUAACUUGUCCAGAGCUCGUCAUGUGACAUUUAAUUACUCUAACCAGUCAUUUGACAUGCUUUUUGCUUUUCAGAAAAUAGAAACCUUACGUACUUUAAUGUUGACAAGGCAUUGUCCCUUCAGUAUUGAAGCACGCAAGUUUCCUUCUCACUUGUAUUUUCCUUCUUUACGAGCUUUUGAUGCAAAAGAUUCUUUGUUGACAUCCAUAUCUUUUCUAACCAAUACUUCCAAACAUAUUCGGUAUUUGAAUCUUUCAGGUUUUUCUUCGUUGCGUCACAUGCCUCCAAACUUUGGGAAACUAACUUGCUUAAGAACUUUAAGCAUUUUUAUUGUGGGUAGGAGAAGAGGAUGUGAUGUAGAUGAAUUGGGAAGUUUAAACCUUCACGGUGAUUUAAGGAUCAAAAACCUUGAGGAAGUGAAAAGUCCAAUGGAAGCCAAAAAAGCCAAUCUAGCUGGAAAAAUGAAUCUUAAAAGGUCGGAAUUGUCAUGGGACAGAAAUGAAAAGUCUCAAGUGAUCAUAAAGCAGGUACUUGAAUCUCUUGAACCUCCCCCAAAAAAUGAGUCCUAUGGUGGAGAGCUAGAGGGUGGUUUCUUGCAAUUACAAAGUCUCUUGAUUACUGACUUACCAAAUUUAGAAAUGUUGUCCAAGGAGGAAAGAAGGAUGGCCUUUGCACGCCCAUCUUCUUUGCACAUUGAGAAAUGCUCUAAAUUGACAUUACACUGUCUUCGGCCAAUCAAAGAAUUGAUAAUAUGGGGAUGCAGUGAGGCACUGUUAAGAAUAGUUUCAAAUCUGCAUACUCUAACAUCACUUGAAAUAUGUGAUAAUGAUGAUGUGGCUUCCUUUCCUGAUGGGUUCCCACAAAAACUUACCACUCUCCAGUCACUUACAAUUAAAAGAUUCAGCAAGUUUCAAGAUUUGCAAUCUAAUAUGCUAAUUGGGUUAAGUUCUUUGGAAAGUUUAACUAUUACUUUUUACCAUAUGCUCGAGUGCUUUUUGGUGGAAAUAUUUCGAGGCUCAUAUAGUCUUAAAAGUAUAUAUAUUGAAGAUUGUAUCAAGUUCAAAAGUUUGUCCACUAGUUUUGGAGACCUUACUGCCCUUGAGUUUUUGGAACUUAGAGGUUGUCCAGAGUUGGAACCUUUCCCAAAUGGUCUUAACAAUCUUUCUUGCCUCAAAAGUAUGAUGCUAUUAGGGUAUAGCACCUAUCGAGAUGAUGGUUCACAAAAUCUGAGUGUUCCUCAUCCUAAGUUGACAACUUUGCCUAAGGCCUUAUAG